GGCGCCUUGUUCCCAAUGAGCGGAGGAUGGCCCGGGGGUCAAGCAUGUCUCCCUGCUGCUCAGAUGGCUCUGGACUUGGUGAACAAGAGGAUGGACAUUCUUCCGGACUACGAGCUCGAGCUGAUCCAUUACGAUAGCAGGUGCGACCCCGGGGAAGCCACUAAAUUGCUCUACGACUUGCUCUACACGGAGCCUAUAAAAAUCGUACUGAUGCCCGGCUGUAGCUCAGUGUCCACGCUGGUGGCUGAGGCGGCUCGUAUGUGGAACCUCAUAGUGCUCUCGUACGGCUCCAGCUCUCCGGCUCUGUCCAACCGUCAGCGCUUCCCCACGUUCUUCCGCACACACCCGUCUGCCACGCUGCACAACCCCACACGCGUGCAGCUCUUCCAGAAGUGGAAGUGGACCAAGAUCGCCACCAUCCAGCAGACCACCGAGGUCUUCACUUCCACGUUGGAUGAUUUGGAGCAGAGAGUGAAGGAGGCCAGAAUCGAGAUCAGCGUGAGGCAGAGUUUCCUCACCGACCCUGCUGUAGCUGUCAAGAACCUGAAGCGCCAGGACGCUCGGAUCAUCGUGGGUCUGUUCUAUGAGACGGAGGCCCGGAAAGUCUUCUGCGAGGUCUAUAAGGAGAAGCUGUAUGGGAAGAAAUACGUCUGGUUCCUGAUUGGCUGGUACGCCGAUAAUUGGUUCAAGAUAAAAGACCCAUCAAUCAACUGCACCGUAGAGCAGAUGACGGAGGCGGUGGAGGGCCACGUUACCACGGAGAUAGUCAUGCUCAACCCUGAGACAGUUCGAGGAGCUUCCAAUCUGACCUCGCAGGAAUUCCUGACCCAGCUGAUGUCAAAGCUAGGAGGGAAGAACCCAGAAGAAACGGGAGGUUUCCAGGAAGCGCCGCUUGCCUAUGAUGCAGUGUGGGCUCUCGCUCUGGCACUCAACAAGACUGUCGGGCCGUUAAGGGCCAGAGGCCGCAGGCUGGAGGACUUUAACUACAACAACAAGGACAUUACUGCUGAGAUUUACCGUGCCCUCAACACCAGCUCAUUCGAGGGAGUCUCUGGUCACGUUGUGUUUGAUGCACAGGGCUCGAGAAUGGCCUGGACUCUGAUAGAGCAGCUGCAAGGAGGGAGUUAUAAGAAGAUCGGAUAUUAUGAUAUGACCAAAGGCAAUCUCUCCUGGUACGGGAACGACAAGUGGAUAGGCCCUGGUCCUCCGGCGGAUCAGACGGUGGUGAUCCAGAAGUUCAGAUUCCUGUCUCAGAAGCUCUUUGUGUCCGUGUCAGUGUUUGCUGGACUGGGCAUCUUACUGGGCAUUGUGUGUCUCACAUUCAACAUUUACAACAGCAAUGUCAGGUACAUCCAGAACUCGCAGCCGUAUCUGAAUAACAUGACGGCCGUUGGCUGUAUGAUGGCUCUGGCUGCUGUAUUUCCUCUGGGGAUCGAUGGGCUCCACGUCCAUCGCUCUCAGUUUCCUGUAGUGUGCCAGUUCCGCUUGUGGCUCCUCGGGCUCGGCUUCAGUCUGGCCUACGGCAGCAUGUUUACGAAGAUCUGGUGGGUGCACACGGUUUUCACCAAGAAGGAUGAGAAGAAAGACAAGAGGAAGCAUUUGGAGCCCUGGAAGCUCUACGCUACUGUCGGCGUGCUUCUGGUUAUUGACGUCCUGUCCCUCACGAUCUGGCAGAUUGUGGAUCCGCUACACAUCACAGAGGAGAAAUUCACAAGAGAGGCGCCGAAGGAAGACUUGGACGUGUUGAUUGAGCCCCUGCUGGAGCACUGCAGCUCUGAGAAGAUGAACACAUGGCUCGGGGUGGUUUAUGGCUACAAGGGCUUAUUGCUGCUGCUUGGCAUUUUCCUCGCCUAUGAGACCAAAUCUAUCUCUACAGAGAAGAUAAAUGACCACCGAGCCGUGGGAAUGGCCAUCUAUAAUGUCUCUGUUUUGUGCAUGAUUACAGCUCCUGUGACCAUGAUCCUGUCCUCAAAGCAGGACGCCUCGUUCGCUUUCGCCUCUCUCGCCAUUGUGUUCUCCGUCUACAUCACUCUAGUCGUGCUCUUCGUCCCCAAGAUGCGAAGGUUAAUCACACGUGGCGAGUGGCAGUCUGAUCAGCAGGAGACCAUGAAGACCGGCUCGUCCACUAAUAACAAUGAUGAGGAAAAAUCACGCCAGCUGGAGCGAGAGAACAAAGAGUUGCAGAAGAUCAUCCAAGAGAAGGAAGAGCGUGUAUCCGAACUGAGGAACCAGCUCUCCGAGCGACAAGCCUUGCGCUCCCGGAGACGUCCGUCAUCUACCAACCUGAAUCACAGCACCCCUCCGCUUUCAGUCUCUCACACUGACCCUAAAUCUCUCCUCCCUCCACCCGGAUACCCUAUUCCUACCUCAGACAAUCACUCCCUGCCUCCAACCUUCUCUAACUCUACCAGCGUUUACCAGCCAGAUGGCAAGAUCAGCCGCAACAACUGCCAUGCCAGCCGCCUGCAGCUCCUCUAUAAGUGAGGCAACGAAAGAUCAAGGAAUGUGGCAGGAAGAAGACCUGAACUAAAAAGGGGAAGG